AUGAUAAUAAAUCUAUUUUCAUCCUUUGAUCCAAGAACUAGUUUUAAUUUCUCAUUAAAUUGACUUAGAACAAUAAUCGGAUUAUUAAUUAUUCCCUUUUCCUUUUGAUUAAUUCCUUCUCGGUUACAUAUAAUUUGACUAAAAAUUAUUAUUACGCUUCAUAAAGAAUUUAAAAUCUUAAUUGGAUACCAUAAAACUCAAGGAAAAACACUUAUUUUUAUUAGUCUAUUUUCUUUUAUUUUAUUCAAUAAUUUUCUAGGACUAUUCCCCUAUAUUUUUACAAGAACUAGACAUAUAGUACUUACCUUAACUUUGGCCUUACCUUUAUGAUUAAGAUUUAUUUUAUAUGGAUGAUUAAAUCAUACUAUUCAUAUAUUUGCUCAUAUAGUCCCUCAAGGAACCCCUCCUAUUCUUAUACCUUUUAUAGUAUGUAUUGAAACUAUUAGAAAUAUUAUUCGUCCAGGAACCUUGGCUGUUCGAUUAUCUGCUAAUAUAAUCGCAGGACAUUUACUAAUAACAUUACUAGGAAAUACAGGUCCAAUAUUAAUUAUAAUAAUAAUUAAUUUUCUAAUUAUCACACAAAUUCUUUUAUUAAUUCUUGAAUCAGCUGUAUCUAUUAUUCAAUCAUAUGUAUUUGCAAUUUUAAGAACACUAUACUCAAGAGAAGUCAAUUAAUGAAUUUACAUAAAAAUCACCCUUUUCACUUAGUAGA